AUGCCCAUUAUCUCCAUCGAAAGCAUGUACAUCGACCACGAACAGUCCAAGUCUACGCCCAUCCAAAUGUGUGUCCAACAGCCCCUUCCCAAGCGCAAGUGCCUUCUUCCUCGCGACGAUGCGGCCGAAGGCAGUCGUCUUGUUGAAAUUGAGAACUUUCACGAAGGCGAGACCGUUCAUCAGCGCUGCGUCAUUAUCAAGGGCAGAUACCUCAUCGAAUCUUCUCACGAUGAGUGCGACAGCUCCUUUGUAACAGUUGAGGCCAGCGACGGCGCCAACACGAUCUUCCCGACCCAGACGUGGCCGAUCGCCGACGAUCGCUUUAGGAUCAUCGCUCUGCUGUCUCCCGGUGUCAACAAACUUGCAAUCAAACGCACCAUUGGUACCACCGAAGACAAUGAAACCCAUGAAUUAACUCUUAACUAUGUUCCCCUACUUCAAAACCCUGCUCUGCAUCUCGCCAUCAUGGUAGCCAAGGAUUCUCCCCUGCUCAUCGACUGCCCACCCGCCAAGUACGGCCCUGUCUCCACUGCUCACUCUUCCAUCGACGCCGCAGUCGCGAAACUCCGCAUGUCGGCGUACAUGUGGCAAGCUCUCACCGCAGAAGACAUGCGCAUGAAGGGUCUCGGCCGUCGCGCCUUUAGACUGGAGGAGGAGUGGACGGCCGAUACAACGAGUAGCAAGUUCAUCGCCAGCGCCCACGAGAAGGCGAAGGAAGCCACUGGUGCCAUGCGAUCUUCGGCCAAGAUCCACAUCAUCCGCUCCGACAAAACUGUUGCUGAGAUUCGCGACGCGGAGAUUGCUCAGCAGAACGAGUCUGGAAGCCGUCGGGAGAAGUUGUUCGACUACUUCCUCGACGCUCUGGCGAAGCACGGCGGACCGUUCGAAGCUUCGUCUCAUCCUGUAGUCGCCGGUAUGAUCCUUGACUCCCAUUAUUCCAUGGAGCAGAAGCUCAUUCUCGGCCAUGCCGCUUUGGGGUGUCACAACCCCAACGGCAUCUCAUUGGGAAUGAUGGGAAGCCACCUGGCAUACUCCUGGCCUCGGUUCUUGGAAGAAGUAUCAGAAUCUUUUCUCGACACCCGUUAUCCGGGACCAACAGUCGGCGAUGACAACAACGAGUGCGACUCUCUAUGGGAGGCGUGCUCUGUUGGCCAGGGUGCGUUCUUGCACGAGGUCGGACACGCCUUUGGAGCGCCGCACACCACCGGCAUCAUGGCCCGUGGCUACUCUCGCCACUGGCCGCGGAACUUCCUCGUCAAGACGGCGUAUUCUCUCCACACUGACGAGGAAGGCUUCGUGGUUGUCGAUGGCGAGACAGAGAACGACGCUCGAUGGGACAUCAAGGACGCCCUCUCCUUCAGGAUGCUGAGUCACUUUUGGCUGCCCGGCGAUGUCAAGAUGCCUGCCAACGCCCGCUCAAGCGCGCCGACGGUAGCUCUUGUAAACAUCGACACUGAAAACGUGGGCGUCGAGGUUUCAUGUGUCUCUGAUCUUGCAAGCAUCGAGUUCAACGGCAAAGCUGAGGGGAACGCGACCAUCGCGCAUCCGGUAGACGUGUGGUUUUACGGCAUGAAAGAUCUCGAAACUCGAUUUUCCAGGGAUGAGGACUUGAAGAUGACACUGGUCGGCAUGAAUGGAAAGAGCAAGACCAUCCGCAACCUGUGGAAGAUGUUUGAUUCGUCGACGUUCAUCCGCAUCCCAGACUCCGACGUCGUUCUCCGCAAGCGCUCCGUCAUGACCAAGGACUUGGAGGAGUCGGAAGGUGUUGAAUCUGACGACAAGUUUUGGAGCUGGGCUACCCUUCUCACUCGGAAGAAGAACAACGGCGACAUUGUGCAUGCUUCGAGCAUCGAUGUUCGGACUGGAUGCAUUCUCGACGGUGCUUACGUGCACUUCCCCGACGGCAAGCGCGUCAACUGCGGUCCGCGUAUCAGCCGUUGGGGAGGUGGUACACACGAGUUUGGUGGGCAUGCUUCAGAGGACGUACGCGUGCCCAAGGGGCAAGAGAUUGUCAAGGUCGAGGUUGCUAGAGAGAGCAACAUUCUUGCUGGCAUGAGAAUCCACUUCAGAAACGGCAAGUCGGGUGGCGCACUCUCGGGAUAUGGGGAGGGACGAGAGGAGGAGACCCUUACUUUGGACGCGCAAUCUGAUGAGAAGAUCGUUGGGUUCUACGGCCGAAGCUGGUGGGGUCAUCACUUUGACGGGCUGGUCGAGUUCGGCAUCAUUACGGCCCCAGCGGAUGUUGCGCUCCCUGAUAAGGUGUACCGGAUGAAGGAGUUGCAGAACACUGACGGGGGAUUAGACGCGGAAGAUCUUCAAGGCGGAGACUCUGGAGAUGAAAAUGAGGAUGAGGAUAUGGAUGAGGAGUAG